UGAUGGAAGUGAAAGAGGAGAGUCAAGCUGAAGUUGAUGAGAAACAUCAGAUUGUAAAAAUAAACCAUAAUGUUUCACAGAAAGAAACUCUGAAGACCGAAGACACAAAGUGUGAAAAUAGUUUCAGAGAAGAUGAACGCCCUGCAGAUCACAAGAGGACUCACAGUGAGGAGAAACGUUUCACAUGUCAACAGUGUGGAAAGAGUUUCACCUCUCAAUCGAGCCUUUACCGGCACAAGAAAGCUCACAAGGGGGAAAUGUCAUAUGCAUGCCAACAUUGUGAAAAGAGUUUCACCUCUCAAUCGAGCCUUUACCGGCACAAGAAAGCUCACAAGGGGGAAAUGUCAUAUGCAUGCCAACAUUGUGAAAAGAGUUUCCCAGAUAAAAGUCAACUUAAGAUGCACAUUAAAGUUCAUACUGGAGAGAAACCUUACACAUGUCAUCUGUGUGGAAAGAGUUUCACUUUUCAAUCGAACCUUAGCCGGCACAAGAAAGCUCAUAGUGGGGAAAAGCCACACACAUGCCAGCAUUGUUACAAGAGUUUCCCAGAUAGAAGUCAACUUAAGAUACACAUGAUGUCUCACACUGGAGAGAAACCUUACACAUGUCAACAGUGUGGAAAGAGUUUCAGAACAAAUCCUAACCUUAAAGGACACAUGAAGAUUCACACUGGAGAGAAACCACACGUGUGCCAUCAGUGUGGAAAGAGUUUUAUAACUGCAGGUGAACUUAAGCAACACAUGAGGUCUCACACCGGAGAGAAACCUUUCACAUGUCAACAGUGUGGAAACAGUUUUAGAACAAAAGAGAGCCUUAACAUACAUAUGAGGAUUCACAAUGGACAGAAACCAUUUACGUGUCAUCACUGUGGAAAGAGUUUCAGAAGAAAAGAUCACCUUACCUUACAUGUGAGGAUUCACACUGGAGAGAAACCAUUCACAUGCCAUCAGUGUGGAAAGAGUUUCACCUUUCAAACAAGCCUUACCCGGCACAUGAAAGCUCACAGGGGGGAAAAGCCACACGCGUGCCAUCACUGUGACAAGAGUUUCCCAUUUACAAGUGAACUUAAAGGAGCAUUUCACCCGUAGAAACAUUAAUCUUUAUUGAAAGUGUGUCAUAUUUGUAGUCGAAAUGUAACAUACAUUUAGAAUUUGGUGCCUAUUUGACAGAGAAAAGGGGUGUUUGUAGUCUCACUCCCUCAACAAAGACAUUGCACUUCCUUCUUUCAAUGAUGCAAAAUGAUGAUUUUUACAUCAUUGAAAGAAGGAUGUGCAACACUGAAAUCUGUAUUUCUCCUGUCUCAGCGGCAACUGAGGAAAUGAUGCAUGACCAUUCAAAAACAUGACUGGGGUUCUAACUAUACAAAGUUUAAUGCAAAUGGGUGAAGUGUCCCUUUAAGAUACACAUGAUGAUUCACACUGGAGAAAAACCACAUGUGUGCCAUCACUGUGGAAAGAGUUUUGCCACUGCAAGUUUCCUUAACAGACAUUUGAAAAUUCACACUGGAGAGAAACCUUACACGUGUCAGCAGUGUGGAAAGAGUUUCUCUAUUGAAAGUAACCUUAAUGUACACACAAGGAUUCACACUGGAGAGAAACCGUUCACAUGCCAUGAGUGUGAAAAGAGUUUCAAAACAAAAGCUACCCUUACCACACACAUGAGAAUCCACACUUGAUAGAAACCAUUCAUGUGUCAACAGUGUGGAUAUGGCAACAACGUUUAGAAAUCAGCUGAUAUGGCAACAACAGCUUGAAAUCAGCUGAGGUCUUAUUAAUAAAACUGUCUGGAGGAUCCUUACUAAAAGUCUACAGGGCACAAAAGCCCAAAAUGUCUGGACUUGUGUUCUUGUGGACUUCAUCAGUCUGGGCCCAAGUACUGUUCCAAUUCCAAGUUCGCUUGAAGCUAAGUUUACUUAACAACCUCAGAUGUGUUAUUGAUUCACUCAUUUUAUCGAGGAUGCAUCAGGAGGUGACUUGUGUGGACUUGUAUCAGCCAAGUUUUCCAGAACUUCAAAUCAGUGGUCAGUUAGUAAAGAUGGGACCUAAUAUUAAAAUUUCCUCUGACAAUUUUGGAUAUUUGAGUUCAAGUUGAUCAGCCGGGGUCAGUGCCGUGUACACCGCCGAGGGCAGAUUCAUCUCUGCAAAUCCUUCUGAAAUUUCCCGCUGGCUCAGUGCAGCUGCUCUGCCUUUCAGUGUUUGAUGGUCAAACAUUAAAUAUUUCCUUUGGAUUUAUAUCUGGCAUUUUUCUGUCUCUUUAUUAUUCAUAUGAAGUCUGUUAUUUGUUGUUUUCAUUUUAACUGAUGUUAAAGUUAAAGUUGACAUAGAAUGAUUGAACGGGGUAUUUAUCCUUGUUCUGUAAUGUGACAUGUAGAAAAAAAAUACUUUGUUUGGGUCUGUAAUGCCUUAGAAGCUUCCUAAAAACCUCUCUCAGAUAGCUCUAUUAGGGUGGUGGAUUUUAGCGCUUCUAUGGUUCAAGUCGUACCUCUCAGAUAGGUCAUUUCGGGUAUCCUGGAGAGGUGACGUCUCCGAACCCCAACGUCUUGAUACCGGGGUCCCUCAAGGCUCUGUGCUUGGACCGCUGCUCUUUUCGAUAUACAUGACAUCCCUGGGCUCUGUCAUUUGGAAACAUGGCUUUUCCUACCACUGCUAUGCAGACGACACUCAACUCCACUUGUCGUUCCACCCUGAUGAUCCUACGGUCUACGGUUCUCAGGAACUGUCCCACAACUGUGGAAUGAUCUGCCGGUCGUGACACGAUCAGCUGACACUGUAGCUGUCUUUAAGACUCUGCUAAAAACCCAUCUCUUCCACCAUUACCUAACUUCCUAAUUACAGAUUUACUAUCUUUCUUUAGUUACCCUUCUCUUUAUCUCUUUCUCUAUUUACCUUCCUCUUUAUAAAAAAAAAAAAUUCCUAACAUACCCUUGGCUAUGUAUAUUGUGUUGCACCUGAUGAGACUAUUUCCAGUGCACUUAUGUAUUGCUGUUCUUAUGUUGCCAUAAUUGCUUCUAUUGUUUACCUCACUUGUAAGUCGCUUUGGACAAAAGCAUCUGCUAAAUGACUAAAUGUAAAUGUAAAUGUAAAACCAUUUUUGCUUGGGCUUAGGCCGGUGAGAUUUCAGAUUUGAUUAAGGAGGUUAUUUAAUAUACAGGUUUCUCCAUGUUUUUGUCUAUAUUUAAGCCAUGGUCGCUUGGAGCUGGGGUUAGAAUUGGGAUUUGGAUUAGGAUGACAUUUUUAUAUAACAAUAAGUUGUUCUUACCCUAAACCCAAGCGAAAAUGGUUUAAAAAAAAUUGAGAAACCAAUAAAUAAAACGAAAAAAAAGAUGUGCCAUUUAAGUCAAUGGGAAGGACUGGCGUAUCAUAUGGAUGUCAA